AAAGUAUGGGCAGUGCGGGAUUUUCCCCCAGGUUGUGGUAGAAAUGCUCCAAAAGUUUGCUUGAACCACAAGGAAAAUGAUGUGGUCUCCAUCAGUGAAAAUAUGGCUGACACUCUGGUGGCCCAUGGUGACAAUGGUCCUAACACUGGGAAUGAGUUCGAUUCUGCUGAAGGUGUGGACUGUCUCGUUGACAUGGAAGAGAAUGAAGAAUUGGAUAAGUUGGCAGGGAAUGGGUUAGCCAGAACCACGACUGUGAUAGAAAACGGGUUGGAAGAACCAACGAGUCAUGUCAGAUCACUUGGAUUUGAGUUGUCUAAAGAUCCUGAAAAUAGUGAAAGGUCAUUGCUCAAGAAAGCAAAAGUCAUUCGGUAUGAUGAAUUAGUGCCGGAAGUUGAUGUGGAGAGACAUUCAAUGCACCCUGGCAGUGUGACUGAUAGUAGGAAAAUUCCUGUUUGUGAUCUGAAACUAUUGUCACUGCCUCAGCAGCCACUCAAGAAUGGAAGUGUCGAGGAUAAUAUUUCCCCAUUGCCAAAGAAAAAGUACUGCCAAGGAAGAGUUUUUGCUGUUCGUGACUUCCCUCCAUUUUGUGGAAGAAAUGCUCCUAAGCCAACCGUACUGGAUCGCUUGGGUGGUAGUGAAGCAAGCAAGAGAGUGGUUGUGUUAGAUAAGGGAGUUACAGAAAAUGAAGUGAUUGAGACGUCGAAAAAUGUUAUGGGUAGCUUAAUGGAAAGAGCAACAGUUUGCAUUGAAGACCCCGAAGAUGUCCAAGAUAACUAUGUUGGAAGGAGCCAACUUGAAAGAACUGUAAUGUUUCCAGAGACAAUGACGAAAAAGGAGAAUGAGGAUACAAGAAAAAUUAUGCGGAAGGAGUUUAUUGUAAAUUCACGGAAUGAACGUGAAAAGGCGACUACUGCAAAACAUGGUUUUGGUUCUGGAGAUAAAAUUAGCAGGCCAAUUGUGCAUGGGUUGGUGGAUGAGCCUUAUUCUCCAUGGAGGCAGAGGUCGCAAACUCCUAGGCCAAUUGUGCAAGGUCUGAUGGCUGAGAAAUACUGUCCCUGGAGUCAGAGGCAGCAAACUAGUUUAGAUGGCCUGAUGAGUGGAAACCAAGUUCAAAAGCCUAACAUGUAUCGGUGCAAUAAAUCCUCAGCUGUUGCCAGAAAAAGUAUUCCUAACUCAAAAUUUCGGCAGAGACUAUUUGGAAGGACUAAAUCAGGUUUUAUUGGUAAAGCUGCGCCAGGAUUUUCAAGUGCACCGGCUGCCAGCAAUGAUGGAACUCGUGAUUUGGAUUGUGAAGCAGUACCUGAAGAUUCUCCUAUUGGACAGGGGCAGUGUGAGUUUGACGUGACUCAACCACGUUUUGGUCCAAAAAGUUCCAGUCGCAGUGAUGCUCGCAGUAAAGUUAGAGAGACUCUUCGUCAGUUUCAGUCUACCUGUAGAAAAAUCUUGCGGGGGGAAGAAUCAAACUCAAGGCCUGGAGAAGUAAAAGCUAAGCAAAAAUAUAAAAUGAACGUAAGGAUUGAUCUUCAAGCAGCUAAGAUUAUCAAAGAAAAAGGGAUGGAAGUUAAUACAGGACCGCAGAUACUGGGAGAAGUUCCAGGAGUUGAAGUAGGAGAUGCGUUCCAAUACAGGGUUGAACUUGCUCUUGUGGGAGUUCAUCGCUUAUAUCAGGCUGGUAUAGAUUUCCUAAACAAUGGAGGAAUGCUGGUUGCAACUAGUAUUGUUGCUUCAGGGGCCUAUGAUGAUGAUUUUGGAGAUGCUGAUGAGCUGAUUUAUUCUGGGCAAGGUGGAAAUGUGGUCGGCAAGGUCAAAAUCCCUGAAGACCAGAAACUUGUGAAAGGUAAUUUAGCCUUGAAGAAUAGCAUAGGUACAAGGAAUCCUGUUCGGGUGAUUCAUGGAUCUAAGGAGACCAGGACUUGUGAAUCCAGGGGCGGAAGAGCACCUGUGGUGACUACUUAUGUGUACGAUGGUUUAUACACUGUUGACAAUUAUUGGAGAGAACAGGGGCCACAUGGUAAGAUGGUCUUUAUGUUCAAGUUGGUGAGAAUUCCUGGACAACCAAAGCUUACUUGGAAAGAAGUACAAUCAUCAAAAAAGUCCAACAUGCGGCAUGGUGUUUGUGUUCCUGAUAUUACAGAAGGGAAGGAGUCUCUACCUAUAACAACUGUGAACACAAUUGAUGGUGAGAAACCCCCACCAUUCAAGUAUAUCAAGAAGAUGAUGUAUCCAGCUGGUUUCCGCCCUGCUCCACCUAAAGGCUGUGAUUGUAUUGGUAGAUAUUCUGAUGCCAACAGGUGCUCAUGUGCAGUUAAAAAUGGAUUUGAGAUCCCUUACAACCAUAAUGGAGCUAUUGUUGAAAUUAAGCCUCUUGUAUACGAGUGUGGUCCUUCUUGUGGAUGCCCUCCUUCGUGCUAUAAUAGAGUGAGUCAACAUGGUAUUAAAGUUCCCCUGGAGAUCUUCAAGACAGAUACAAGGGGCUGGGGUGUGAGAGCUCUAACUUCUAUCUCUUCAGGAACCUUUAUUUGCGAGUAUACAGGAAAACUUCUCGAAGACAUAGAAGCCGAACGAAGAAUUGGCAAUGAUGAAUAUCUUUUUGAUAUUGGCCAGAAUUAUAGUGGUUGUACUAUGAACUCUUUAGCAGAAGAGGGUGGUUAUACCAUUGAUGCAGCUCACUAUGGAAAUGUUGGACGAUUCAUCAAUCACAGUUGUUCUCCCAAUUUGUAUGCACAGAAUUUUUUCUAUGAUCACGAGGAUAAGAAAAUGCCCCAUAUCAUGCUUUUUGCGGCAGAUAAUAUUCCUCCCUUGAAGGAGCUUUCUUACCAUUACAACUAUUAUGUGGAUCAGGUUUAUGACUCUGAUGGCAAGAUCAAGGAGAAGAAGUGCUUUUGUGGUUCUUCAGAUUAUACUGGUAGGAUGUACUAGGAUUUAUAAAGCUUAGCUGUUGUAGUUGAAUGGAAGAGUUACAUCUCGUUGUCUUUUUUCUUUCUUUUCUUCAUCUUGAAUAGUAGUGCUUCUUCUUCUUGUUUAGUCUGAUAUGCUACAUAGUAUAGUCUGUUCAUGGAAACAUAAGCUUGUACAGGCUGACUCGUAUGAUCCUAUAAUCUGAACUGACAAAUUUUGCACUAGUACUCAGCCUUUUUUUUUUAAUUUUUUUUUUUUAUGAUAUUUAGAUGUGGUUGAACUAGUUAAUUUGCUUUCCCAUCUCCUUCCAUGACUCUGGUUGCAUUACUUUCUCUUUUUAGUUGCAAAUAAUAGCAUGACGGUUAUAUUUACAUCUCCGUUGGGAGGAUGCAAGAUUUAUGUGGCUGACUAAAUUGCUCUCUGAACUGCUUUUGGCUCGGACUGUAUAUACUCUAAAUCCUUGAUUUGAUCUGCCUAUGUGGGAAGA